AGAGCGCUGAAAAAUGUCAGGUUUUCUUGAGAGCUUGAGGUGCUCGGAGUGUGUUGACUGGGGAGAGAAACGAAACACGAUCGCUUCUGUUGCUGCGGGAGUGCUGUUUUUUACAGGUUGGUGGAUAAUCAUAGAUGCAGCUGUAAAAUACCCUAAAGUGGAAGACUUCAACCAUUCAUACCAUGCUUGUGGGGUUAUAGCCACUAUUGCAUUCCUAAUGAUCAAUGCGGUGUCUAACGGACAAGUGCGGGGUGACAGUUACAGUGAAGGCUGCCUAGGACAAACAGGUGCUCGGAUCUGGCUGUUCAUUGGGUUUAUGAUGGCUUUUGGAUCUCUGAUUGCUUCCAUGUGGAUCCUUUUUGGAGGCUAUGUUGUUAAAGAAAAACCAGUAGUAUACCCAGGAAUAGCUGUGUUUUUCCAGAAUGCAUUCAUCUUUUUUGGAGGACUCGUCUUCAAAUUUGGUCGCACGGAAGAUUUGUGGCAAUGAACACACCUGUGGAAGCGCAUUGGCCAUGCUGGUUUUUUAACUGCACACUCCCAAAAUUUUGUAAAACCAUUUUGUAAACCAUGACCUUCAAUUGUGUCUAAAGGUAAAACAAGAAAAACAAAAAUCAUAGC